AUGAGCUCCACCAACUUUGCCCAGGCUCAAGAGCGCCUGGCCGCGCGCCGACAAGCUCGAGAACGAGAGACACAGGCGCGUUUCACUGCACAACGAGAAGCAUCGCGCGCCUGGUCACAAGUGUCGCGACUGCCCUUUCCACUCAAUCGGCUGGGAUCUUCGUCGCUUUCUACGUGGGAGCUCAUAUCGUCGAGAGAGGGAACCAGGCCUGCAUUUCGAGUCGGGCAGGUGGACGCCGAGCUUCUAGACGAGGAGCUUGUUGAGCUUCUGCAGAGCCAGGUAGGCGAUGCCCUCAAAUACUUUGGCGGCAACAUAAAAGACGACUGGUCUACCGAGAUUAUACUUGCACUUCGCGCCGUGCUCUUCAAGCUCACUAUAUGGGACCACGAUGCGACGUACGGAGCAGCGCUACAGAACCUGAAGUAUAGCGAUGCGCGGAGGGAAGGAUCCGUCUUGGUAGCUCCAAGCAAGUGGCAAAAGGCCCUCUACGGACUCAUCACUGUUGGGGGCAAAUACGGAUGGGCCAAAUGGGAAAAUUGGCUGCUUGACCAGGACAAUGGAUACGACCCGCCUACACCACUUGUACGGAGGAUGGGUGUCAUUACUGACAGGCUAACCACCGUUCAUUCUGUCGCAGCUUUUGGGUCCUUUCUUGUCUUCCUGCUUCACGGAAGAUAUCGGACACUGCUGGACAGGGUACUACGCAUGCGCCUGGUACCACCCACAAGCCAAGUCAGCCGCGAGGUGUCCUUUGAGUAUCUUAAUCGCCAACUUGUCUGGCAUGCAUUUACAGAAUUCUUGCUCUUUGUUCUCCCUCUUGUUGGCAUCAACCGCUGGAGGAGAUGGUUGAGCAGGACCUGGCGAAAAACCAAGGAGAUCGUCCAUAUCAGCAGCGAGGACGAGAAGAACAGCAAACAGGGCGAGUAUGCUUUUCUUCCUGAAAGAACAUGUGCGAUUUGUUACCAGGACCAAAACUCAGCCACCUCUGAAUCCGAAGUUCUCGCCGCCUCAAGCGGCGUCGUGGGUUCAGCGCAGACUGAUAUCACAAAUCCGUACGAGACCGUACCUUGUGGGUGUAUAUACUGCUUCGUCUGCCUGGCUACGCGGCUGGAACGUGAGGAAGGCGAGGGAUGGACAUGCUUGCGCUGUGGAGAACUAGUCAAGGAGUGCAAACCAUGGAGCGGAGAUGUCUUGGAGCCACCCACCAAAUCGCCAACUUCAUCUCCGAAACGCGUCGGUUUCGCCGAGGAUGUCAAGUCACCAUCAUCUGAAGAGGAGAUUGGUGGCUCGGUGCAGUUUAUCGACGGGCAACAAAAUAGUCCAGCUGAACACGCCGAAGACUCCGAAGACGAAGACUCCGAGCAUACCGACUCGGAGAUAUACGAAGAAGAAGAGGAUGGCGAGGCUGAUUACAAUGACUAA